AUGGAAAGAGUGCAUACUAAACAAAGAGCAUCGACAGCCUUUAAUAUUCAACGUCGAUUACCAUCAAAACAAGUAAGUCGAGCACGUCAUGCUUCGCCAUCAGCGUCCACUGGUGCCGAUAGGCCUGAUCUUGUUAUUCAAAAUUCUAUGGACCAAGUAUCCGUGCGAAAUGUGUAUGACUUAUUUUCUAAAUUUGACAAAUGGGAAAUAACUGAAUUGCUUACAGCACGUGAAACUAAUUGGCUGCUAACAAAUGCAGAUAUCUAUAAAACGCCAACUGAACAUCCAACUGGAUUGAUUCGACAACUCCAGGCGUUUAGUGAAUCUCACAUCGAUAUUUUAUUUCCAGUUGAUGAUGAUAUUCCGCUUCUUGAUACUCGAGAAGUUCAUCAAUUAUUACGUGAAUUAACAAUUGCUAUUUAUUCUUUGAAUGCACAACCCACCUUAAGUCUUGAAGCUAAUUUUGACCUUAGUUCAACAUGUCAAAUACCAACAGCUUUUCUCGAUACUCGUCUCGGACAAAUUAUGAUCAAUUGUGAUGCUUGGCUAAAAUCCGUUUGGCACGGAGUUUUUAUGUCGAGAGAAAAACGCGCGAAAUUUGCCGACCGCUGGCGUCAUACUGGUGAGGCUUCAAUAACACGUUCAGUAUUGCAUGAAUUUGAAGCAGCAGGCUUACAAGAUAUAAGUCAAGAUGUUGAUUAUAGUGAAGCAAAAAAUUCUUUUCAGCCAGAACCAAAAUCAGAAGAUCAAACACAAUCUGAUGAUCAAUUUUUGGCAUCGUACGCUGAUGACCUAUCGAUGGUGUUAACACUUCAUCUUGAUCAAGUGUCACAAUUGAAAAAUUGUUUAAUGUUUAACGGAAAUUAUACUAUACAAUCACAAAUAAAAACUAUUCAAGAAAAACUAGAUAAUCAACAAUUUCAACGUUUAAAAGCUUUACUUCAAGUUCAUGAAAAUUAUUUACGUCGAACUUUUACAUCGAAAACUGAAGUUCGAAAAUAUAUUUAUCUUCUUGAAAUUACUUGUUUCUUAUUUUCUCUACUUGUUGGACUUAAACGUCGGAUGAAAAAAAUCCCUAAUUUAAAUCGACUUUUACCGAUGAUUAUCGGUGAAGACGUUCGGACCGAACGAGAACUUCCGCCAUUUAUGUAUAUGAAAAAGCAAUCAACAAAUAUAUUUCCUAUCGAAGAAGAAACCAUGUUUCAUUUACAUGGGGGUAUUCAAUUUGAAUAUGAAACAGGUUCGCUCAGUAAUAAACUUGCAGAGAUAUUAAGCGGAAAAAAUGAAUCAUUACUUGAUGCAUCUCGUCGAACUUUAUAUGGAUAUUUAGAUUUACCGAAUUCACCUAAUAUGGAAUAUCACGUGCCUAUUGUAGAAAUUGAUGGAAAAAAAUACUAUCAUUUGGUCGUUGAUAUUGAACCCUACUAUGGUCUAUCGCCAGUUUGGUUACGUGUUAUACAAAAAUCAGUGGAAUCUGCUGCUCAAAAACGUUUUCUUAAUGAAACAGUCAUCUAUGAAAUGUAUAAAAAAUAUUUUGGCCGAAAGAAAGCAACCUACUACAAGAAUCCAGAACAUGGUUUACGUGUUUCUGCUCAAAGAGGCCUUGCAUGCAUUUUUCAAGCACUAGCACGUAAAACACCACCAUCUGGUUUAAGUAAACCGAAUCUUCGUGAUGGUCUUACACUGAUGCAUUAUGCAGCUAUUCAUAAUCGUCCAAUUAUUAUUGGUAUUUUAAUUCUAUUAGGUGUUGAUGUUAAUGCAAAAUCAGAAGUAAAUUAUGUAGCAAACGGUGGUACACCAUUACAUUUUGCUUGUCGUCACGGAAGUUUAGAUGCAGCAUCUUGCCUACUAGGAAAUUUGGCAGCAAUUCAAACUGAUCAUGAAGGAUGGACACCUAUUCAUCACGCUGCCUUCUGUGAUCAUGUUCCAAUUAUAAGACUUCUCUAUAAUAAACAUCAGGAUUUACUUGAACAAACGACCAAAGACAGCCGCCAAUCAACACCACUUCUAUUAGCAGCAACAUCAGGCGCAUUAGACGCUGUUCAAUGUUUAGUUUCAUUACAUGCUAAUAUUGGAUAUAAAGAUGAAUUAGGACAUACAGUUAUUCAUUUAGCCGCUAGCAAUUUACAUACAAAUGUUAUUGAAUAUUUCAUUCGUUUGAAUAGUCGACUCGUACCAACAUGGACUAUACUUGUUGAUUUAAUCAUUCAUCCUGAUCUACCAAUGAAACGAGCUGCCGUCCAAUGUUUACAUAUAAUGACAACACAUGGCGAACAAUUUUGGCGUCCAUUAUUGGAAGCAGAUGGCAUUCAACGACUUGUAAGAUUACUGAAGAUCACCGAUGUGAAUUUAAUUCUGUCAACAUUAUCUGUUUUGUGCAAUAUAUCAACAAAUACAGAAGUACGUGUAGCAAUAUCAACAGCUGAAACCAAUCUAUCGGAAAUGUUUGCAAAUUUAUUAAAAUUUCACAAUGAUGAAAUACGUUCGAAAACAUCCAUACUAAUAGCUGAUAUAUGUUUUAUUCCAUCAAAUCAAGAACGUUUUCUUGCAUCAGACGCUGUCGUGGGUUUAUCACGUAUGCUCGAUUCACCUAUUGAAGAUGUUCUUGUCAAUGCAUGUAAUGCAAUUGAUUUACUUUGUCGUAAAAAUCAAUUUAUGCAAAAUGAAUUGGCAAAACAUGGCAUUAUUGAAAAACUUACUGAAUUACUUGCACUUGAUUCAAAAAUUCUACGAGGCACUGUAGCUUCCGCGUUAGCAUCAGUAACAUAUAAUAAUAUGGCUAAUCAACUCAUAGCGUCAUCUAAAGGUGCACUUAAACUAAUUGUUGAACUUAUGCAAGAUCGAGAAUUCGGUAUACGUUAUAAAGGCUCGUUGGCUAUCGAAGCAUUAGCAAUAAAUAAUCUAGAAAAUCAAAAGCAAUUUUUAUCGAAAUAUCUCAAUGUACAAAAGCCACUUAACGAAUUAAUGGAGAUCCGUAGUUCUGAAGAAUGGGCAUUAGAAGUUCGCGAACAAGCUGCUUUUUCAUUAUGGGCACUUGGCGGCCAAAUAAAAUCCCAACAACGUUAUGUCGCUGAAUGCUUUGGUAUUCCACAUAUUGUGACAAUGCUUUUAUCAAAUUCCGAAAAAUUACAAUACGUAUCUUUGAAUGCAGUAAUUGCAUUAGCCGACGAAUCAGAACCAAAUCAAAAUAGAUUAUACCGAGAAAAUAUUCUCGCACCACUUAUUCGUUUACUUAAACACUAUCAUCAAUUAUCACAUCGAGUUUUACUUGUGCUUGUUCAAUCAUUUAGUGUACUAUGCAUUGGUGUUUCACUUGCGCCAAAUACUUUAUUACAAAAUGCUAUUGUUGAACACAAUGCUAUUAGUAUGAUUAUUCGUUUGAUGGAAUCAACGCAACAUGUCGAUCUCAAAGUUGAAUGUUGUCUAUCUUUAGCGAGACUUGUACUGAACAAUAGUGCAAAUCAAAAGCAAUUAUCGAAUGAUUUUAAUGUUGCAGAUGUUGUUGUACGUUUCAGUGAAAUCAAUGAAUCGGAUUUAAAAUUACGAGCUCUAUUAGCUUUAUCUUUAUUUGCCUAUAAUAAUCUUGAAAAUCAAUGCAUUUUUAAAGAUACCAAUAAGAUUAGUUAUAAUUCAUUUCGAACAUUUAUUGAUUCAUCGGAUGCAACAUAUUCUGCUUUAGCUUGUUUUCAAGUUAUUGUACUUGCACGUGUUAUUGGCGAUACUGAAGAUGAACAAGUAACACUUACAGCACUUGCGAUUAUGAAGCUUGCUGAUCUUUUGUUAAGUACUAACAUAAGUUUAAUUACACAAAUAGCUAAGUAUAUAUCUUCAUUGGCUCGCGUUCGAACAGGCAUUAGUGACGGAUUCGUUUCUUGUCAAGUUCUUGAACGUCUAAUUGAAAAACUCUAUACUCCAUCGCCUCCAGCAACCAGUGAAGAUGCAGGUGACGAAGUGGAAAUGCAUAGUACUUGUGCUAUAGCUAUUGGCGCAUUAUCUUACAAUAAAACAGCAUUUCGACUUCUCUAUAAUCUUGUUCGACGUGAUCCAAGUAGCAGUUUCAAAUAUUCUAUUGAAUUAAAUCCUUCAUUCUUUUUUUUUUCUUUUAUUAUUAAAUUCUUAGCACUCUACGAUAAAAUAGUUGAAUGUGGGCAACGUUCAUGUAUGUCAUCGGAGUUUGUGAAAUUUUUUGAAAGCGAACGAGUCAAAGGCUUACCCGUCGAUAGUCUAUCCCUUCAUCUUCGUGUACUUGAAUCUCGAUCAGCAUCUUCAGCUCAUCGUCGAUCAACAUUUAGUGCUCGUAAAACACCAAGUCGUAUAGGAACUGCAAAUAGUCAUUUACGAAUUCAAACAACAUCAGUUUGCUCAACAAUACCAUCAAUACAAAACAAACGACAUUUAACAUUAUCAUCAAAAUUAAGUCAUACAUGA